UUUGCUCACGUGUCCUUCCGGGGCAGGGUCGCCACCUUCGGGAGGGGUCGUUCCGGCCGGCUGUGAACGACAGAGGCACCGCGUUGAGAAACGUAUUUUGCAGUUCCUCACAUCUCCCCCAACAAUACGGAACUCUGGAUCAAGACGGAGCUGCGUUAGCCCUUGAGGCAAAGCUGAGGAUGGAAGGAGUGGAAGUUAAGGAGGAGUGGCAGGACGAAGACUUUCCCAGACCUUUGCCAGAAGAUGACCAAAUGGAGGCUAUGUCUGGGCCAGCUGAAAGAGGAGACCAAUCCGAAAUUAAUGGCAACAAAGUUAAGAAGAAACUAAUAGCUCCAAAUAUAAACUUGACUUUGGAUCAGAGUGAAGAGUCCAUUUUAUCUGGCUUAGAGGCAAGUGGAGAUAUUGACUUGGAUGAUAUAGACACCCCCUCGGAGAACAGCAAUAAUGAGUUUGAGUGGGAAGAUGAUCUUCCAAAGCAGAAAAGCUCCGAUGCUGCUCGGAAGGGCUCUCUGCUGGAAUACACGGCAUCGGAAGAGAAGGAGGAAGAACGGCGAUGGCGGAUGUACCAGAUUGGUGACCAGGGUCACCGAGUGGACAUGAAGGCCAUUGAGCCCUACAAGAAAGUAAUUAGUCACGGAGGCUAUUACGGGGAUGGGCUAAAUGCAAUUAUUGUCUUCGCGGUUUGCUUCAUGCCAGAAAGUAGUCAGCCAAACUACCGAUACUUAAUGGAUAAUCUGUUUAAAUACGUUAUUGGCUCCCUAGAAUUAUUAAUAGCGGAGAGCUAUAUGAUUGUUUAUCUCAACGGGGCAACCACACGGCGGAAAAUGCCCAGCCUAGGUUGGCUCAGGAAGUGUUACCAGCAAAUUGAUAGGAGGUUAAGGAAAAACCUGAAGUCCUUAAUAAUAGUCCAUCCUUCCUGGUUCAUUAGAACACUUCUGGCAGUCACAAAGCCAUUUAUUAGCUCAAAAUUCAGCCAAAAAAUCAGAUACGUCUUUACUUUGGCAGAGCUGGCAGAGCUCAUUCCCAUGGACAGCGUUACCAUCCCCGAAUGCAUAAAACAGUAUGAAGAAGAAAAAUUUAAAAAGAAACUCCAAAGAAUUGAUCAAGACCUUAAUGGGAAACAGGAGCAGAAGUCUGAACAGUAAAAAGAACUAUUUCUGAAUUCAAGCCGAGAGUGAAGAACACGCUGGGGGAUUUGAGGUCCUGAAGAACACGCUGGCCUUCUGCGUCCGGACUUGGCCUGUUGGAUGAUGCACUGCUGAGUGGGUUUGCACGUCCCAGGUGAUGCCGACACUUCGUAGUUGCCUUUCUUAUAACUUUCACACGGCAGUGUCACAAAAGGCAUCCUAGGAGGGGCACCCAUUGUUAUAUUGCGAUGCUUAUUCAGUAAGUAUUUAUAUGCUUCAACAUUAAGGGGAGAGAUAAUAUAUAUUUUUAUGACUCUUCGACGCAUAUUUUAUAAUGUUCAUCUGCAAAAAACCUCUUGAGACACAUUAGCCCACCGAUGACGGUUAUCGUUUAUUUAGGAAUAAAAUGCAUGAGAAUUUCUUAUAUAUGGUGAAAUGCUUCUUGGCUAAAGAAGAUGUAACUUUGGUUAUCUGCUACGCCUAGCAAGAUCCUUUGCUGUUUCCACUGUGGGAUGUGCCUAACCCUUGAGUUGGGUGUCCUCAGCACAAACUCGAUUUGGUCCAAGCCUUUCUGGGUUGAAAUUCUGAGGUUUCAACUCCCUCGCCUCUGAACAGAAAGAUCCGGUAAUUGAGAAUACCACUACUACUGUUUGAAUGUUGGGGCUGGUGGAGGCUCUGUAGUUCUGGAUGCCCAGGGAUCGGAAUAUUUCCCAAAAAUAUUUGGGAAUUUGGGCGACAUUCCAGAGCGGAAUGGUGGUGGCCUCCUACCCAAGGAGAUCUCAGUCCAGCUUCUGCUGAUGUGCCUUGCUGGUUUGCCGCCCACCCCAUAAUGUGGAGCGGAGUUGCAGAACAUGGUAUCGGGAUGUGGCACAUGAGAGUAGAGAAAGUUUACCCAGAGUUAGGGCCAAGGACAGCUUAGCCUACGGAGUCCACCCUGGGUCUCGCCAGGGUGGGAGAACAAUGUUACGCGGUUAUUUCAUACUUUGGAAAGCAAGGCUCUUGAAACGGCACUUUCCACCAGCACUAGCUUCACUUUAUACACUUUUUUAAAAAAGGAGUCUGUGUGUGUGUGUGUGUGUGUUUGUGUUGCAUGUUUUACCUGUUUUUAAUGGCUGCUUUCAGAGCGGCCUCCUCAGUUAAAGGGCGCAGAUGUGUCGUAUGCACUAAUUCCUAGCGGGUUAAUCAUCAAAGCCGUAGUGGAUAGUAGCAGAAACGUUAAAAGCGUUUUUUGGAAAGCUUGGGCAUCGCUCCAUUUUCAUUUGUAUUUAAAAUUUGUGUGUGUCGUUAGCAACACAGCCUUUUCUUGUUCCCAGUGUUUAUGGGCGGAAAAAUACCGCCCCUGUGUCAGUUCAUAACCCAGUCAAUAAAAUGUUUUUAAAUAAAAGAA